UCCUCCUCCCUCAAUGCUCCACCUGUCUUCCCUUUUCCGCGGCGGGCAGGCGACCCAGAAAGCAGCCGUCAUUCAUUGGAAAUAGUACGCCGAUGCGCCGGGGGGCCGGAGGACGGCGCAAGCCCCCUCGGUCACCGGAUCGACGGCAGCUGCUCGACCCCCCGGUUCUAUUUUCACCCUCAGGAUAAAGUGCCGCCUCGGCGCAGCCUUCCCGUACGGCCCCCAGCGGCUCCAGUCAGCGCAGCGCCAGGAUGAAGUCCACAGGCACCGAGCGCAGCGCGCAACCCGACGGCUUCACCUCCGACCUGGACGGCCUGGACAGCGCCAGCGACAGUUCGGACGGCUGCAGCCCGCGCAGGGAGCCGGGACAGGUGGAGGAGGACGAGGAGGAGGCGGCGGCGGCUGCCGUGACCUCUCGGACCGGAGCGCAGCGGCGCAGGAGGAGACGGAGAAGGAGCAGCGGCGGCGGAGGUGGAAGAGGCGCAGGGGGGGACGCGCUCCUGCCCGGGGUGAGCAAACAGAGGCAAGCGGCCAACGCGCGGGAGCGGGACAGGACGCACAGCGUGAACACGGCCUUCACGGCGCUGCGCACCCUCAUUCCCACCGAGCCCGCGGACAGGAAGCUCUCCAAGAUAGAGACGCUGCGCCUGGCCUCCAGCUACAUCUCCCACCUGGCCAACGUGCUGCUGCUGGGGGACGAGUGUCUGGACGGGCAGCCCUGCCUCCGCUACCAGGGCAUCCUGCACGGCCCGGCCGCCCUCAGCGCGCCCUCUCUGCGGCCCAUUUGCACUUUCUGCCUCAGCAACCAGAGGAAACUGCUCAGAGACGGAGGGAAACACUCGGCUGCCAUGUGAAGGAGACGAGGAGACGAGGAGACCUCCCUCCCUCCUUCCCUCCCAGACGUUGUUGUUUACAUUUAGGACUUUGUACAUAAUAAAUCUAUAUAUUUAUUUUUGGAUUAGACUAGAAACCUAAAGACAGAUCCAUCACUGAAAAGCACUUUCUGUUCACGUUGAUGUGCUUCUGAGCUCCCCUGUGUUUUGGUUGAGCUGUAACCUGAGCCGUGUGUAAAGUUGCACCUGACGUGGGGCUAUUUCGGUCCCUCCGGCCUCAACACCCCAUGUUCAACUCCGAGCAAAAAAAAAAAAAAGAAAAAAGGAAAAAGAAAGGGGGAGAAGAAAGAAGAAGAAAGAAAGGAAGAAGUGUCCUUCAGUCCUUCAGUCACAUGAAGGAAAGUGAGGAGCAGCUGCUGCAGAGUCGGGUCUGAUUUACCUUUAAAUCCUGAGCAGGUGCAUUAACUAAAGCUGGAAAACUUCAGACCAACAGGCACAUAUUUGGUUUGAAGCUUAAAUAGAAGCAGGAGUCACGACAAGACGAUUAAGAGUUUCCCUAAAAACAUAAAAAAAUCAGCCCGACCGUGUGAAAAGAAACUUUAAACUUCUCCAGCUCGUCUGAUCUCAGCUCAAAUCUCAGGAAAUAUAAAUAUUUAUAUAAACUUCUUUCUGUGCAACCGGCUGUGGAAACAUUUCUCUGCGCAGCUUUGAGGAUUUUAACCAACAAAUCUCACUAAAAAAAGACCAAAACAACAAAUGAAUCCGAGUUAAAUCUCUGGGCGUAGGUGGUCAUAAUGUUGUGGCUGCUUCUGCACAUCCUCAGAAAAUAAUGCACAUAAAUGAGUUUAAAUUUGGUCUUUUCUGCACAGAAAAUGUAAAAACGGCCUUAAACGCAUCUUUUAUUUUGUUUAAACUCAGGAUAAUUUCACGUAGUUUCGGUGGAAAAAAUAAACAAACUUCCUCCAAACGCAGAUGAGAUGCAACUUUUUUUUGUUUUAGCAUCGAAGUUAAACCUUAGAAAUAAGCUGCUCCUGAUUCAAACGGUGCGUUCAGGAACAUUCAGGAGCUCCUCGUUCAUACCCGUCGGUGAGAUGUUUACUUUUGCGUUGUUGCACACUCUUCUCUUUUAUCACUUUAAGGAAACGCUGACGUGUUGAGGAGCUCGUGGACGCACAGCGACGUGCACCAGUUCGUCCUUUUCAGCGUUUAAAUCUGGAGAAUAAAUAUUUCUAAACACAGAACAUAUCCCUACUCGCACACUACCUCAGACAGGUUCUAAAGGCCUACCUCCAGACCAGACGAGGAACACGACUGCACAAAAAAAAUAAAAGAAAUGAAAAGAAAAAAAGUACUUGAAUACCUGACGACUGAGUCCUUUACAAAUACUGAGAAGCUGCUGGAAGAGAAAAUGUAUUUUUGUACAAUAAAAAUAAAAAAAAGGAUCUAAAAAAAACGUCUAUUUGAAUGUUUUCUGCUUUAAAUCUAUAAACUUAUCAGUUAUUGAAGUGUUUUUUCCUGUAAAGACGACGCUCGGAGAAGGAAAAGUGCUCAGGUGGAAGUAGAAGAAAAGAUUAGGAGGAAGAAUAGUAAGAAAAAGGAAGGAGAGGUAAAGAUGGAGGAUGAUUAAGAUUUGUAAGAAGAUGAAGUGAAGGACAAAGUAGAAGGAAAGGAAGAGAAGUGGUUUUAAUGAUAUGGCUGAUCGGUGUAUAUUUGGUAAGAACCGUUAAAGGUUUAGAAAAAUAAAAUGUCUAAUUCCCUUAUAAAUAAAAAAAAUAAAAAAUGACAGUAGGAACCAUUUCAAUAAUCUUUAUUUUAUUUCAUAAAAAAGUCAAAUUGGUUUUUAUAUCAGAUUUAAAGAAAAGUAGAAACCAAUAAUAAUCCGUUGGCUGACGAGGCUUUUUACCAGGGAGGGGGGAGGAAGGGGGGAGGGAGGGAGGAGGGGGGGGAGUCGGCCUCGACAGGCAGAACAGAUUUUACCCAAGAGUCCAAAAACCAAACAAAAAAAAAAAAAAAAAGGCAAAGUUUAAGACUGAACAUGAGCCAAAAUAAUAAUAAAAAUAAAAAAAAAAAAAAAAGGGGACGAUGGUAAAAUAAAAGAAGCUUCGGCUAAACUGCGCUAACGUUUUUUUUUUUUUUUAUUUAUGUCGGCCUCAUUCUCGCUGGCGUGAAGGCAAACGUUAAAUCCAGACGAGCAGCAGCCAUCGAGAUCACGUGGAAUGUUUUUUCUUUUGUUUGUUUAGUUUUAAAUCCAAAUUACAGAAGUUACAACAAAAAUAAUAAUAAUAAUAAAAGUAAAAAUAAACGGGGAGGUUUUAUUAUCAUGUUUCCACUCUUUUUUUUUUAGUUUAAAUAUUAGUUUUCUGUUGUGGAGUGGAAGGACCUUUGGAGUGGUGGUGGGUGGGGGUAUCAGGGGGUAAAUAAGUAACAGGAGGUAGAAGAGAGAGAAGGGCAAAGACAUUCUACUGCUCCUGAUGCUAUUUGUAAAAAACAAACAAAAAAUAAAAAUAAAAUAA